CUAUUUCUCUUCAACAUGUUUACCACCAUUUCUCUACCUUCCGCUCAUAAAUAUCCCCAUCACCAUGAUAGUGAGGUGCUCAGAAGAAGAAAUGAGGAAUUAGAGAAGGAAAUAAAGAAAAGCAUUGAGAGAGAAGAAAAAAUGAGAGAGGAAUUGAAUAAGAUAUGGGAGAGGCUAAGGGUUGCUGAGGAGGCUGAGGAGCGGCUUUGCUCUCAGCUUGGUGAACUUGAAGCCGAGGCUGUCGAUCAGGCUCGGGCAUACAGGACACGUGUUCUCAAUUUGAUGGAGCAACUUUCUUUGGCUCAAAAACUUCUCGAAUCAGCUUCCAUUUCUGUCCCCAGUUUUCAGUAAUUAUAGGGAAAAUUGGGGUUGAUCGUUGACAGUUGACACACCAUCUCCAUUUUAAAACUAGGUCAUGUAGAUUGCAGAGCAUGCUUGUCAAGAUUAUGUGUAAUAUAUUGUUGAGAGAAAUUUUGUUUCUCGUUAUCUUCUUCUUUUUCUUCUGCUCUGUAGAACGGUAAAGCUUUCUCUGGUGCAUGGUCUGGUGAUUCGUUGACGGAAUUUUAUGUGUAUUUGUGGGAAUCUUAAACAAGUAGUAACACCAAGUUGGCAGAUC